AUGACCUCUCACGAUGUCCGCGAUGUUCUAAACCUCCCCUCCAACCACUCCGCCGCGCCCCGUGCAUCCAAAAAACAGAGAACCGGCGGAUCCCGACCAAACUUGAAGGGACUCGCACGCGAAGUGCAAAACCUUGGCGGCGACAACCCAAUCGCUAUCGUCCCCGAAGUAUCCUUCUUCAAAAAAAGGCGAUUUGCUAGCCGAAAACCGGCUACGCGAUGGGAAUUAAAGUCUUUUACAAACUCAGCACGGAGCGACGACGGCAGCCUUGUGCUUCGGCACUGGAAACGGAAGUCGGAGCAUGGUCCGCCGCCGGCACCUGCGCAGGAUGGUGAACCCGAGCAAAGUGAAGGCAUGGUAGUGGAGGGAGAGAGGAAAGACGACAAACCCGAGGACUCUUCGUUCGCCAAGUUCAACGUACGAGUUCCAGUACCGCAGUACAAUGAGGACCAAUAUCGAGCAAACCUCCAGAGCAAUGAGUGGACGAAGGAGGAAACCGACUACCUGCUAGAGCAGGCAAAGGAAUACGACCUGCGCUGGACCCUCAUCUGGGACCGGUAUGAGUUCCUUCCCGAACAUCCUCAGGGAGAGGAGGCCAACGGAACGAGCACAGCCAUGGUGUCGACACAGAAGCCGCGGACGAUGGAAGACCUCAAGGCACGCUACUACGAGGUUGCGGCGAAGAUGAUGGCAGUCCAGAAGCCAGCACAGUAUAUGACAAGACCCGAGUUCGAGCUCUACGAGAUGAUGCAGAACUUCAACGCCGAACAGGAGCAGAAACAGAAGGAGUUUGCCCUCAACACGAUGGCACGCUCUAAGGACGAGGCCCGCGAAGAGGAGUCUCUGCUCCUUGAAAUCAAGCGCAUUCUCGCGCGCACAGAGCGCUUCAACGAGGAGCGCCGCGAACUGUACCAGCGCCUUGACUAUCCGGCCACAGACUCGGAUAUCAACUCCUUCAAGAGCUCAGCCGGCCUACAAGCCCUCCUGCAAAACCUCAUGUCCACCGACAAGUCCAAAAAGCGCAAGAGCAUCCUCGGCCCCGGCGACGGCGUCAGCCCGGGCGGUGCCGUCCCAGGCAGCGCAGUGUCUGAAGGCCCAGGGCACAACCGGCGCGAGAGCAUCGCGGCCGCCACCGCCAACCGUCGCGACUCGGACGUACGCGCCGGCGCCGGUGCCGGUGCCGGGGCGCGCGUGUCCGCCGAGCCCACCCCGACGUCCGCCACCUCGGCAGGCGCGACGGCGGGCAACAAAAAGAAGGGCGGCGCGGCGGCCGCGCAGCCGGAGCGCCGCAAGCUGUCGGCGCACGAGGAGCAGGUCUACGGCGUGCAGUACCACGACCGCCUCGGCAGCGGGCCGACCUUCCGCUACGAGCGCAUUAACAAACUCUACAGCCACAAGUCGGGCCAGCAGCAGCUGCGCAUGACCAACGCCCUCGCCGAGCUCGACGUGCCCCCGCGCCUCGUCAUGCCCACCGCCGCCGUCACCGCCCAGUUCGAGGUCCUCUGGAGCGCCGUCGCCGCGCUUGUCGACGCCCGCAAGCUGAGCGAUAAGCUGGAGGGCGAGAUCAAGCUGGAGGAGGCGAAGCGGGCGGAGAGGGCGCGCGCGCGCGAGGUGUUGGGGUCAGAUGGUGAGGGGGAGGGAGGGGGAGAGGGAGAGGGGGACAAGGGGGAUUCGCGCAAGGAAAAGAAGGGGGGUGCGAAUGGCGAGGCGGCCGAUGAGCCGCAGGAGGAGGAGGAACAGUCUGCUGCUGCUGCUGUGGGGGAUAAAACGGGUGAGAUUAAGGAGGAGCCCGGGUCGGAGAAGAAGAAGGAGAAGGCGACGAGCUCGAGGCCCGACAGUAGCAGCGGGGCACGGAAACGGAGUGCGAGCGUGCUGAGUGCGGCGAGCGAUAAGAGCGCGAAGAGGCAGAAGAAGUAG